AUGUACUACACUGCCUUUAGUAUAAGUCAUCUUCACAGAUGGACCAGAGAAUCAGGGAGACCUGGUGAACCUCCAUUGAUAAAAGGCUGGAUUCCCUAUCUUGGAGUGAUAUUGAGUAUCCGAAAAGAUCCCUUAGGUUUCCUGAGAAGUCUUCAAAAGCAACAUGGUGACAUUUUCACUAUUCUGCUUGGGGGGAAGUAUCUGACAUUUGUCCUGGACCCUUUCCAGUAUCAAUUCCUAAUAAAAAAUCAGAAACAAUUGAGCUUUCAAAAGUUUAGUAAUAAAGUGUCAGAGAAAACGUUUUCCAUCAAACAGUUGAUGUACAACCAUGACAUGGAUGGGGAGCUCCAUGUCAGCUAUCAAAAUUUGAAAGGAAAAUCUCUGGACCUACUCUUGGAAGACAUGGUGCAGAAUAUGAAACAAAUGUUUGAAGCUCAACUAUUAAAAGCCACAAACUGGAAAACAGAAAAAUUACUAGAGUUCUGCAGCUCAUUAGUAUUUGACAUCAACUUUACAACCAUAUAUGGAAAAUUUCUUGCUGACAACAGUAAAAAAGUUAGUGCGCUAAGAGAAAAUUUUUUCAAGUUUGAUGACAAGUUUGUGUACUUAGCGUCUGAUAUACCCAUUGAGCUCCUAGGCAAUGUCAAGUCCAUACAACAGAAACUUAUAAAAUGUUUGGCAUCAGAAAGCUUAGCUAAGAUGCAAGGAUGGUCAAAAAUUGUUCAAGAGAGGCAAGAGAUAUUGGAGAAAUACUACGUACGUGAGGACAUUGAAAUAGGAGCACAUCAUUUAGGCUUUCUCUGGGCCUCUGUGGCGAACACCUUUCCAGCUAUGUUCUGGGCCAUGUAUUAUAUUCUGCAGCACCCAGAAGCCAUGACAGCCGUGCGUGACGAAAUUGACCAUUUUUGGCAGUCAACAGGUCAACAGCAAGGAUCUGGAUUUGGGGUUAACAUCACCAAAGAACAAUUGGACAGUCUGAUCUACCUAGACAGCUUCAUUCAUGAAGCUUUACGACUAUCCUCAUUUUCGGGCACCUUGCGUUUUGUUGAAGAGGACAUGACUCUCAGUACAGAAAUUGGGGAGUAUUGUCUGCGAAAGGGAGACUUUGUCACCAUAUUGCCUGCAAUCACACAUUCGGAUCCUGAAAUCUUUGAAGCUCCAAAGGAGUUUAAAUUUGACCGUUUCGUCGAAGAUGGUAAGAAGAAAAAGACCUUUUUCAAAAGAGGGAGAAAACUGAAGCAUUACCUAAUGCCAUUUGGAUUUGGAGUCAGCAUGUGUCCGGGAAGAUUUCUUGCAGUUGCUGAACUAAAACACUUGAUGUUUUACCUCUUAACUCACUUAGAUUUAGAAAUAGUUGAUGAUAAGCCUGUAGGAAUAGAUCAUAGCCGUAUGAUGUUUGGAAUUCAGCAUCCCGAUUCAGAUGUCUUAUUUAGGUACAAGACAAGAUAUUAGAGACACUGAGAGGGAAGAAGAGAAGUCUGUGAAAAUUAAGAUGAUCUAAUCACAUCUAUUUGCUUUUAACUUCCAUGUUUAUUUGUUCAAAACAUGGCAAUUUCUAUUUGAUCUGAGAUCAGCUCAGUUUGUUCUUUGUUACAAACCUAUCAUAACAUAAAAGACAGUAGUGGCAUGAAAAGUAGAUGGUAAAAUGAAUUUAAUGAUAAGCUCAAAAUAGUUUUUCCUUGGGUUCUACUUAUUGUGAUUUUAGUUAUUUUAGUAACUGUUCCUUAACAGCAAUAGAUUUGGCAUUGUGUGAUUUUUUUUAAAGUCACUCAAAAUUCCUCUCCAAUUUCCAUAAACACAUUGUGGAUACCAUUGGAAAAUUUUCUGAAAAAUUAUCCAAUGGCUCUGAUGCCAUUAAGAUGCCCUCAUCCCAUUGUCAGCGUUCCUAGGUUUGACACUUUUGUCAGGCUUCUGUCUCCAGCUUUGUGUUGGUACAGACCCCAGGAGGUAUGAAGGAUUGAUAGAACAACUCCUGCUCCAGCCACAUAUGUAGGAGACCUGGAUCGAAUUCUUGGCUGCUAGCUCCAAAUUAGCUAGCCUUAGAUGUUGCAGGAAUUUAAAGCAAUAAACCAGCAGACAGAUGUUUUCCCUCUCUCUGUCUCUCUCACUCUCUCUGUGUUACUUUGUCAGAUAAACAAACAAUUAUUUUUUCAAAACAGAAAAUUGUACUAGUCUGGCAAAUUCUAAAUUCUGAAAGAUAAAGGAAAUUAAAUUUCCAUGAGCUACACUAGCUGACAAUGUUCCCUUCGAGUAUAAUAUCAAUAAUAUCUAUAUAUUGCCGGGGAAGAUUUGCAUUAAAUGAGUUUUGCAGAAUAUUAAAUGCUUCAACUUCGCAUCAGUAUUUAAUCAUCCAUAAAUGUUCUUUAUUACUUCAUAUAGUAAAGUUCAAUAGGAUAAAAUUUCUUGUUUUAUAACUCCUGUUCAGGUUAGAUACUGAUACAUUUCAUGUAUAAGAAAACACAAAACCUAUUACAUAUUCAGAAAUUGCCCUAGACAUCAGCAUUGGGUUUAUUAUAGAAGCAAAUGUUGAAAUCAUUGUAGCAUUGAUUGUAGCAUUUGGCUUCAGUGUAAACUAUAAGGGUGGUACUGAUAAUAGUGCAAUGAGCUCUUUACUAAAUGGUGCCAUUUAUAUAAUGGAGAAACUAGAUCACAAUAUUUGUUCUUGACACCUUGCCUUUCGGACUUGGAGUUCAUUUGUAUUACUCUGAAUUACAACAUUGUGUAACAUGGUAUAAUUGCAUCUGACACAAUGCAGCAUGGCUUCAGUGUUCCAAACGUUUCCAGCAUUAGUUUGUGAAGUGAUUGCCAUUUGACACAAAUGACGGUGCAGCAUGUAAAGAGGCAGGGCAGGUGAUAAGACUCAAUUAAUUCAGGUCAUGUUAAUUGGAAUGUCUAAUAUUUCAGAAAAUUGUUAUUGUUUUUGAAAAAGAAAAUUAAUUUUUAAAUAAAAUAUUUGUUCUGGUUAACAAAUAAAUAA